GUUACAUACCACGUAGAAGGCACCAAGCAAUACAAGCAAGAGAACAGCAAUGACUGAGGCUUCCAGAGGUAAGACAAGAAGCCUCUUCUCAGUUUUGGGAGGUUUUUGGUUUGCUACUCCAAAUCCUUCUUUUCCCAACUAAACAAAUUGACCAGAUUUCCUCAUUUUCCCCUUCAUCUCAAAUCCCUUUCUCUCUUCCCUCUUUCACACUAUCGACUAAUUAAUGGCGAAUGCAUCGACGGCUGACUCUCCCGGCCGCCGCGACAGCGAGGGAAGCAAUCGCCAGCAGAGCAGCAGCGUGUGGGAGAUCGAAGAGGAGAGCGAGCUGUUCGAGAUCAACCAUGGAAGGGCGGCAAUGGCGAGCAUCAAGGAAGAGAUCAGCCUGACGGACACCGGGAGCAUGUUCUCCGUAGACGUCAACGGCAGCGGCGGGGGAGCGGAGGACUGCGUGUACGUCGGAGUAGGGAAGGGCGAUUCCAGCCUCGAAGCGGUGGCUUGGGCGGCGGCCCAAUCCAGCUCCGCCACCGUGGUUGCUCUGAGGGCCCCUUCGGCUCGAUUCACGCCGAGAACGGCAACGGCAAUGGCUACGGCGACGCUGACCUUCACUUCCGAUGGUCCCGUGCUGCCUCCGCCGACUGAGAUGCAGGAGGAAGGUGUUGCGCUGGCGGAGAUGGAUUCAUUAGAUUUUAUUUUUGUUUUUUAUAUUAAAUUACCCUUUUACCCUUAAUGAAUCAUGUUGUUACAAUAACAAUACUAAAAGUGUUGUUAUUCUAUCCAAGCCCGUCGAAGGGCCGCGAGAAGUCUCGGGUUGCGGGUUUUACCGCGUCAACCGUUUAGCGUUCUAUUCUCUGUUGCGGGUUCGGUUUUUGGACCUGGCAAUCCAAAUUAUACCCGAUUCUAAGACCAUCCACAAACCACAAUGGAUUGGUGGAAGGGUGAAAAGGGUGGAAAAGGGUGGAGGAAAGGAUUUGGUCACAAUAGGUGUGAGGGAAAAAAGGGUAAUGGAGGGUUUUUUCUUCAAAACCAAUUUAGAGUUGAUAUGAUAAUUUUAUUUUGAGAAUAUUAUUAUUAUUUUUAUACAGGUAGUAUUAAUUAAUUAAGAUGAACAUUUCGA